AUGGUGGAGAAGAGUUCCGAUCCAGAGGUCCCAAGUCUCUCUCACCAUGAGUCUUCUAUAUCUAUUGAGAAGCAAGGAGAUGCAGCUACUGCUCGAGAGUGGGCUCAGGAUGUGAACAGCACCACGACCAACACUAAACUCAAGAAUCCUCUUGCCGGGUUGACUCGAGAACAGCUCCUGAAUGACGUCGAGGCUUUCGCGAAGGAGAAAGAUCUCGAGCAUAUCCUCGACGAUCUGCGCAAAGGAGCUCUUGUCGCACAGGACCCAAGAGAAUUCGAGCAGAUGGACGCGCUGACAGAGAGUGAGAAAGAACUUCUUCGAAGAGAGAAGACGCAUCGAUGGAGUCAGCCGUUUAUGAUGUAUUUUAUGACCAGUGAGUCUUCUCGGUAUCCUCCUACUGAAUUUGGAUUUAACCCAGCCUGUCAGUCCUCUGUGCUGGAUCUGCUAUCGUGCAGGGAAUGGAUCAGACUGCUGUCAACGGUGCGCAGGAGUAUGUACUCUAGCAUUACUCAUCUGAGCUAUGCUAAGCAGAGCAGGUUCUACUUUGCUGAGUUUAAUGUCACCGACACUUGGAUGCAAGGCCUCCUCAACGGCGCUCCCUAUCUCUGCUCGGCCGUCAUCGGAUGCUGGACCACUGCACCCCUGAAUCGCUGGUUUGGUCGCCGCGGAUGCAUUUUCAUCUCCUGCUUUAUCUCCUUUGCCUCGUCGUUCUGGAUGGCGGCCGCGCAUACCUGGUGGAAUUUGUUGCUUGGCCGUUUCCUUCUCGGUUUUGCCGUGGGCGCCAAAUCCACAACCACCCCUGUGUAUGGUGCGGAGUGCUCGCCGGCUAAUAUCCGCGGUGCCUUGGUCAUGAUGUGGCAGAUGUGGACGGCAUUUGGUAUUAUGCUGGGAUAUAUUGCCUCUGUUGCGUUUAUGGAUGUGACGCAUCCCACAAUCCCGGGCUUCAACUGGCGAUUGAUGCUGGGGUCGACCGCGAUCCCUCCCUUCUUUGUCUGCAUCCAAGUCUACUUUUGUCCCGAGUCGCCGAGGUGGUAUAUGAUGCGCAACCGCUACCACGACGCGUACAAGGCGCUUUGUAAAUUCCGCCCGUCUACGUUCCAAGCCGCGAGAGACUUGUACUAUAUUCAUGCCGCAUUAAAGGUGGAGGAGAAGCUCCGCGAGGGCAAGCAUUUGUUCCGCGAGAUGUUCACUAUCCCACGCAACCGACGUGCGGCGCAAUCGUCUUUCUUUGUUAUGUUCAUGCAGCAGUUCUGCGGUGUUAAUGCAAUUAUGUACUAUUCCUCGUCGAUGUUUCGGGAAGCCGGGUUUGACACCCGUAUGGCACUUAUCACUUCUCUCGGGUGCGGCAUCACCAACUGGAUCUUUGCCCUGCCCGCCGUAUACACAAUUGACACCUUUGGACGACGAAAUCUGCUAUUGACCACAUUCCCCCUGAUGUGUAUAUUCCUCCUCUUCACCGGCUUCUCCUUCUACAUUCCCGAUCAAACGUCUCGGACUGCCUGCGUCGCGACUGGCAUAUACCUCUUCAUGAUCGUAUACUCGCCCGGUGAAGGCCCGGUACCAUUCACCUACUCUGCAGAAGCUUUCCCCCUCUACAUUCGAGACAUCGGCAUGUCCUUCGCAACAGCCACAACGUGGGGUUUCAACUUCAUUGUCUCGCUGACCUGGCCGUCGCUGAAUAAAUCAUUCACGCCCACCGGUGCCUUUGGCUGGUACGCGGCGUGGAACUUCUUUGGCUGGAUCUUUUGUUAUUUCUGUCUGCCGGAGACCAAGGCGCUCUCACUGGAGGAGCUGGAUCAGGUCUUUUCCGUUCCGACGACAAAGCACGUCAAUCACUAUCGGGCGAUGUUGCCAUGGUAUGUCAAAAAGUAUCUGCUUCGGAGAGAUGUUCCGCCACAGAAUCAGCUCUACGAUUAUUAUUAG